UCUUUCUAUGUGGAGCCUGGUCUGCUGCUGCUGCUGCUGCUGCUGUGCAAAGCUCUGGAAGGAAUAGAGACGCUGCUUACAAGCACAACAUACAAAUUGGCAAGCACAGCUCCCACAUCAGGAACAGGAGCCCAUUCCAGCCUGUGGCAUCUCACUUCCCAUGUUUUACUGCUCGGAUACCCUUGGGCUGGGGGGUCUGUGCUAGGUUUGCACUGACACCUCAUUCACUAUUGGAUUUAUUGUAGCAGCAGAUGAUGAAUUUCUCCGCAAGGUCACUGCUCAUAUCUCUCUCUGUACAACCGAUCGCUGUGAAGGUCUCUGAUUACCCUAUAUUUCAGGAAGGCCAAUCGAAACCUAGUUACUGGGGGUUCAGAAGCCUAUGAAGCUUCUGGGAACUAACGUUACACGUCCAGGUUCUUCACAAUGAACAUGUGCAACAGGAUGUGAGAUGACUUCAGACAACAGGGGGUCAGAGGUCAGCUUCAGUACUUGGUGAAUAAUAGCCAGAGACAAUGCUCUAUGUCUCAGAAACUGAAAUAGUCUGAUUUGGUCUGAAGAACAGUUUUCUUCUAUAACAAGUAAAACCUACUUGGACAACAUAAGUGGUAAAAAGAGGUUCCAUGGGGACUGUACCAGAUCCUCACGGGUCUGACAAAAGUUCAGCAGUUGCCACAUCUGCAGAGGACGAGAUUUCUGAGUUUGACACAACACAAGCUGCCAAACACCAGCUUCAAAGAACCUCUGCAAAGAAUGGCAGUGCAAUACCCAUUGCAGACACAUGCCAAUCAGACCUAACAUGCAGGCCCACAUUGAAAACUGUGGAUUAUGAAAAUACAUGUGAACAUGAAAUACAGGAAACCAGCAAAACAUCAUUGCCUUUUAGGACUUCUAGUCAAUCAAACAUGAUGCCUCCUUUAGAUGAGCUGCAUUUAACAAGUAGAGAUCCAGAAGCCAUCAAAGACAAUGCUCAAUGUGUUCCCAUCACUAAAAGCAUACCACCGAAUUCUGAAACAGUGUCCUCUAGUGUUAUAAAUUUGACUUUGCCAAGUGAAAAGUCAGUACUAGAUGAGAGUACCAUGCCAAAAGAGAAAACUAUUUUAGAAGAAGCAAUAUCUAUAAAAGGAGUUCUAGAUUUAGGGACCAGCAACACUGAUAAAAAUGUAAUAGAACGCUCUCCAGACACAAACGUAAAUCUAGACAAGGAAAAAAAUACAUGUUUGCUAAGCCAAGGAGAGGAAUGCAGAUAUAUUGUUGCUGGAACAAAUCAGAAUUCUGGUCAGAAAGUUAGUUGCACUUCAGCACAAGAAGAGCCUAGAACACAGGGUGUGGACCAAGAUAAUAUUUCAAAGCCAGAGGAAUGUUCACAGUUAAGCCUUGUGGAAGGAGAUAUGAACAGUGAGGAACAGUUGCCAUUGGAGUCUCAAAUCCUCUGCAAGUUUAAAGAGAUGGGCACAAUGACUUCACAACUUGAAAGCUGGGCUAAACAAGAUGCUGAAGUGCAAGCUGUGGCAACUGUAGUGGAUAAAUCUGUCUCCACUAGUCCAAGCAUCCUAUCUGCAUUUCUGAAGAUUAACUCCCCUAUGUUUAAAGAAAGACAAGAACAGGUCUGCAUUAUUUAUCAAGGUAACCCUGGAAACCCUCAGAUGGAUCGUGCUAACUUUGCAUUGCACCCACAACUUUCCCAAAACCAUUUAGCUCCAAAAGUACGCUUUCAGCCUCCUGAUGCAGUGAACCCCCAACCUUCUCAACUACUCAAUAAAAGUCCACCAGACAUGGUGCGUUCUCCCUUUCAGCACACAGAUCUCGGACGAAAUCCACAAGUUUUAUAUAGAAAUGAGCUAGAUAGUCAAGGCCGCCCAAAGCCACAAAUGCCUAUGGCUAGUGCAUCUCCGAUUUUAAUGAAUGUGAAGCCGGUUUACCAAAUCAACAUAGAAAACAGUAACCAGCCAAAAAUGUUCAAUGAUCCAUCACAAUUCAGAACAGCUCAUGACAUGGGCAGCAAGUCAAGGCUCCAUCAUCUAAGUGGAACAGAAAACAUUCAGUUGCACAAUAUUCGUCCACAAAAUGAGCAGACAGAAACACUUAAUGUCCCCACUGAGGCUAAUACUGAAAGAAAACCUUUUCACUUUAAAAUUACUAACGAGCAGGGUUCUACUCAGACAAUAACCACAGACAUUAAAACGCCAAAGAAAGAGGACAAACCAACUCCUCUCCAUGUUGAAGUUGAGGUAAAUAGCAGCAUUGGGGCUACUGGUGGUCCAGUAGAUGAAAUACUUGAAGUUUUGGUUAGAAAAGAACAGGAUGAAGGUGAACACACCAAGAGAUCUAGUAGUCUAAGUGUACAAUCUAAGCCUGCAUCAGACUUUAACCAGGGUGCAAUGCCUUUGACACCACGAUUAAGAAAACCAAGAGAAGAUAAGAAGGAGCCUAUUCUGAUCACCCUACCUACCUCUGAACAGCCCAAGUUACAUGGUAAAAAGGCAUCUCAAGCAGGUGCUGAAGCAAAAAGCCAGGUUAAGCAACAAAGUAAGAGUGUAAAGGAUGUUGUAUGGGAUGAACAAGGCAUGACGUGGGAGGUUUAUGGAGCCUCGAUGGAUCCAGAGGCAUUGGGGAUUGCAAUACAGAAUCAUUUACAAAGGCAAAUAAGAGAACAUGAGAAAAUGAUUAGGGCUCAGUUAAAGCAGAACAGAAAAUCAAUUUCAUCUGAUUCAGGUAAAAAGCACAAAAGAAGACAACACAGAGUAUUUCAGUCUAUGCUGAAAAACUUCAGAAGACCCAACUGCUGUGUUCAUCCUCCAGCAUCUGCUGUAUUAGAAUGAGUAUUUGGAACACUGUUGAACAUUUUAACUUAUUCCUACAUAUUAUAGUAGACUUACAAUUAUGGUUUAUGCACUUAAGAAUGUCAAUGGGUGAAUAUUAUUUAAAUACUACAUAGGUUUUAUGGUGA